GUAGUAAAUGAGAUGUAUGGGGACGGUCUGAGCGCGGAGCUGGACGAUCUGCCUCUGCAGGGCGGCCAGCACCAGAUGGCUGAGUUUGCCAAGAAGUACUUCAGAGAGGCGCAGAGGAACAAGAGUGAACAGAAAGCCAAAAAGGGGAAGGAGGGCAGGGAUCCUCAUGACAUGGUCAAAUUCUCCAAGUCUCCAAUCCAGGAGUCUCUGAUUGACUUCUCCGACAGUGGGAUGAACAGAGUGGCUGUGGACAUCUUCAUAGCUAUAAUGAAGUUCAUGGGAGACUUCCCCCUGAAGGGUCAGACUGAACAGGACCUGGUCACCUCCGUACUGAAGUUAAGUGCUGACCAUGGCCUGAUCAAGGAUGAGUCUUACUGCCAGGUGAUGAAGCAAGUGACCGCCAACACCAGCUCCAAACCGGACAGUUGUCAGAGAGGAUGGCGGCUGCUGUACAUCCUGACAGCUUUCUAUCGCUGCUCUGACGUCAUGAAGCCGUUUAUGUUGAAGUUCCUUCAGGACGCCUGUGAGAGUCCAGGGAUGCAGUAUCAAGGCAUUGCCAAGGCAUGUGAGCAGAAUCUGAGGAGGACCUUUCAAUAUGGCGGACGUAUACAGUAUCCCAACAGCAUGGAACUCAAAGCUAUGCUGGCUGGGCGGAGCUCCAAGAGACAGCUGUUCCUGCUGCCGGGCGGGAUAGAAAGACACGUGAAAAUCAAGACGUGCUCUGUUGCUUUGGAUGUCAUCGAGGAGCUUUGCUAUGAGAUGGGACUGCACAGGGUGGAGGCUCUGGAUGAAUACGCCGUCUUUUUGGUCACACACAAAGGUCAGAAUGUGCGCCCCCUGAACAAGCGUGAGUACAUCCUGGACAUCGCCACAGAGGCCGAGCCGGUGGACGCCAGCUACAGUCUGUGGUUCAGGAGAGUCAUAUGGAGCAUGGCUCUCAAACUGGACAACGAACUCUACGUCACCAUGCACUAUAACCAGGUGUUGCCAGACUAUUUGAAGGCGUUGCUGAGCGUGGUUCCUCAGGCGAAGGCGAGCGACCAGCAUCUGCAGCAGAUCGCCAGACUGGCUGCUCUCCAGCACCGUGCCAAGGACACUGUCUACCUGCCCACCUUGCGUGACGUGCAGGAGUGUGUCCCUCCACAGUUCUACAGCAAACAGGGCUCCCAGCACUGGCUGAACAUGACGACUCAGCACAUGCAGCAGGUGCAGCCCUUAAACCCAAACCAGGCUCGAGCACAGUUCCUCGGUCUGGUGAGUGCCUUCCCCAUGUUCGGCUCCUCCUUCUUCUACAUCCAGAGCUGUAGCUCCGCCUCCAUCAGCGCGCCGUGCAUCCUGGCCGUAAAUCUGAACGGGCUGCACUUUCUCAACAAGGACACUCAUGAGGCCAUGGUGCGUUUCCCUCUGAAGGAAGUCCAGUCCACUCGCACUCAGAGACCAACUUCAGGCUCCAGCUAUCCGUACGUGGAGAUCAUGAUAGGAGACCUGCUCAACCAGCGAAUCACACAACUGCAGCUGGAGCAGGGCUUGGAGCUGUGCCGAGUCAUCGCCAUGCACAUGGAGAACAUGUUAUCAGUCAGAGAAAAGAGACUCACUUUGCCACCAAGUGAAAUCACCCUGCUGUGACACACACGCACGCACGCACGCACGCACGCACGCACGCACGGUGGUGGCGAAGUCGAUAGGGAGUUGGCUUGGCAACUGGAAGGUCACCAGUUCAAGUCCCGGCAAGACCAAGUGCUACCGAUCCUAUACGGAGAACCGGGAUGACUGGAAGCGACGAUGGAGGGCUCGCCUGAGGACGACCUAGAGAGAGACACACACACACGCACGCACGCACACGCACCACACACAUGCACACAAUCUUAUAGAAAUCCCACCUCAAUCUACCUCUAUUUUAAAAAUAAUAAUAUUUUGUUAUGAUGACGUAAUGUUUCUGUCGUGAGAUUAACGAAUGGCGUCGAUGCUUCAACCAAAGAUUUUCAUCUACAUUAAUCUGUACAAUAUCACAGAAAAUCAAAACAUUCAAAAUCUGAAUUUCCCAAAGCCAAAGUUUUUAUGUUCAAAUGGCUUUUUAAAUAUUCUUAUUUGAGAAGCUGGAUCAAGGGAAUUUGGGGUAUUUUGCUUUAAAAUAAGAUUUAAAUGAUCACACCCACAGCAAUUACAUCAAUUAUAAAAUAUAUGUCCGUACAGACCUGCACAUUAAACACAAAUACAACUGAGUUUAAUGCAUCCAUGCGAUAAAGAAUUAAUAUCCUUUCAGACCUAAAUCAAGAAUGUUUGACACUUUUAGCCAAAACUGUUUAAAAUGUUGUCUGCCAUGGCUGCUUUAAAAGAGAUUUGCAUAAAGGGUAGGAACACCUGGGUUGGCUCUCUACAAAGAAACUGAAGUGUGUAGCAAACCUACGUAUAACCUUUCCUAUUUAUUCAUCAAGAAGAUUUUAUUUUUUAUAAUGAUGCAUUCUAAAUGGCAAGCAAGAGAAGGCAGCCCCACAUACAAUGUUCUUCCCUCAUGAAAUCAAGAGAAAGACAUAUUUUGGCACACAGUUAAAAGCCACAUCGCUGAAUUCUUUGCACUAUUUAAUUAGAUGAUGUAUACAAUGUAUAUAUGUCUUGUAAAUAGCUGUUGUACAUAACGAACGCUUAUGAAUAAUGUUGUACAUUAAAG